AUGAAAUGUAAUUUUAAGAUAGAUAAAAAGAGAAGGCAGUUAAAUACAAAUAAUUCAAAUUCAUUAAACAAAAGAAGAUAUUUCUCAAAUGAUUAUACUGAUAAUGAUAAAAAAAUGAAUAAUAAAGCAAAAGAAAAUAAAUUUUAUAAAGGUUUUAUGUCGAAAAAGUCAAAAAAUUAUUCUAAUGAUGAAAAAAAUGAAAAAACGGAAAAAAUGUGUUUUGAAAAUUACACAAUUAAUACGAAAAAAAAUGAAAAUAAGUAUCAAGAGAAAAAAUAUAAAGAAAAAAACAUGUUUAACAAAGUUGAUGAAUAUUCAUACAGAAAAUAUUAUUGUAAAUCAAGUAACUAUUAUCAAGAGAAAGAAAAUAAUUAUACAGACAAUAAUUAUAACAUAAAAAAUACAUUUAAUACAAAUAAUGAGAAAAAGAAUUCUUCAUAUAUUAAAAAAGGAAAUAGAAAUAAAAUAAAUGAGGAAAUUACAAGAAAAAAUUGUAAAAGUGAAUGUGAAGAAAAACAUUUUGAAUCUUAUAAUAACUUUAAUAAUCAAAGACCAAUUCCUAAUACAGAAAAUAUGCAUAUAAAAGUAAAUGAAAAUGUUAUAAAUAAAAAUAGUAUGAAUUUAUCAAAUUAUAAUUUACAAAAUGUAGAAUUUUUAUCAGAGACUAAUAGAAAUAACAAUAUGUAUAUGUAUGAAGAUGAUAUAAAAAAUCUUAAUAAAUUUGAGGAAAACUAUGAAAACAAUGAAAGCAAAAUAAAAAUUCAAAGCACUCAUGAGAAAGAUACAACUAACUCAUUUAAUAAAAAAAAUGUAGAAAUGCAUAAAAAUAAAUAUCAAUUAAAAACAAAAACAGGAAUUAAUAUUAACAGCUAUAAUUAUAACAUGAAUAAUGUUAACUGCAAUAGCUAUAAUAAUAAUUAUAAUAAUGAUAACUGUAAUUAUUAUAACAAUGAAAUUUAUAAUAAUAAUAAUUAUAAUAAUGAAUAUUAUAAUGAUGAAAUUUAUAAUAAUGAUAAUUACAAUAAUGAUAACUGUAAUUAUUAUAACAAUGAAAGUAAUAAUAAUAAUAAUAAUAAUAAUAACAAUAAUAAUUGGAGUAAUAAUCUCUACAAUAAUAAUAAUUGCAAUAAUAGUAAUCAUAACAAUAAUAAUUAUAAUAAUACAAAUUGUAGUGAAGAUAUUUAUAAUAAUGAUAAUUACAAUAAUGAUAACUGUGAUUAUUAUAACUAUGAAAGUAAUAAUAACUGUAAUAAUAAUUAUAGUAAUAUUUUGAAUAUUAAUUAUGAUGAUAGCAAAAAUAUUAAGUAUAAGAAUAAUUACAAUUAUAAUAAUUAUUAUAAUAAAAAUUAUAAAUUUCAUAAAAAUUGUAAAAAUAAUGAUAAAUAUUCAUACAAUUAUUUGCAUCCUAGAGGAAAAUAUGAAGAAAAUCAAAAUAGUGGAGCUUUAGGAUAUGAAAUAAAUAAACCAGAUGAAAAAAUUAAUGAAAAUAAUAAUAAAAGGGUUAGUAGCAAGUUAGUUUAUAGAAAUAACGGAUAUUGUUUUUCGAGGUAUGAAGAAAAUGUGCAUACAUUCAGUAAAGAAGAUAAUAUAAAUAAUAAAAGGAAGGAUAAGGAAAUUUUUGAAAUAUAUAACGAAAAUCAAAAAAAAAUAUAUGAAAACGAUAAUAUUUAUAAUAAUUACAAAAACCAUAAAGAUAUUACUAUAAGCGAAAAUAAAUAUAUAAAGGAAACAGAAAAAAAAGCAACAAAAAAGGGUAAUAACAAAAUGAAACAUCAUAAUUAUUAUAAAAGUAAUAAUAUUAGCGAUUAUGGAAAGUACAAUAAUGAUAAAAAUUAUAACAAUAUAUAUAAUAACUAUAAUAAUAAUUAUAAUAAUAGGAAUGAUUUCGAUUUAUAUAAACAUGAAGAAAAAAAAUAUAAAAAUAAUGAAAAUAAUAUUAAGAUAAAACCAAUUUUAUAUGAAGAUACCAAAGAAAAUCAUUGGAAAACAAACAAAAAAGUGUUAUUAACAGAAGAUACUAGAAAUAAUGCUCAAAGUAAUAUAGAAAAACUAUCCAUUUAUAAAUCAAGAAAUGAAAUAAUUGAAAUGAUAGACAAAAAUGAUAUCACUUUUAUACAUGGAGAAACAGGUUCAGGAAAAUCGACAUGCGUACCUAAAUUUUUAUUUGAAGAAAAUUUAAAAAAAAAAAAAAAUAUAAACAUUAUUAUUACUGAGCCAAGAAGGAUUGCAUGUAUCUCCUUAUCAAAAAUAUUAUGCGAACUAACUAAAGAAAAAUUAGGAGAGAAAAUUGGCUACAGAAUUUCUGGAGAAUCUUUAUAUGAUAAUGAAAAAACAGUAAUUACAUAUAUAACAAUUGGAUAUUUAUUUAAGUUAUUCUUACAUCAUAAAAAUAUAUAUAAGAAGUUUACACAUAUUAUCAUUGAUGAAAUACAUGAUCGUAGUAUAUUACUGGAUAUUGUUUUAUUAUUUAUAAAGUUGUAUUUACAUAAUAAAAAAAAAGAAGAGAAAAUGUUUAAAUUAAUUAUUAUGUCUGCAACUAUGCAAAGUAAUUUGUUUUACUCAUAUUUUAAGCAUGAUAACAUAAAGAUGGAUUCAAUAUUUAUAGGAACAAAAAUAUAUAAUAUUGAUACCUUUUAUAUUGAAGAUAUUAUAAAUUAUACAAAAUACGAAAAUUAUUCAUCAAAAAUAUGCUCAUAUGAAAAUGAAAAAAAUAUGAAUAGUAAUAAUGUUUCAAAUAAUAAAAAGGAUCAUAUAAAUGAAAGUGUCAUAGAAUUUAUACUUAGAAAAAAAAAUUGUAAAAAGUUACAUUUAUCUAAUAGCUCAGAAAUGUUAUUACAUAAAAUAAAAAAUGAAUAUGAUAAAAAUAUUCAUAUGUUUAAUAAUAAGAAUACAGAAUAUUCAGAAAAUAGAGAUUUAGAUGUAGAUGAAAUAAUUCCAGCAAAUGUUUUUUCAAAUAUAUCGAAUCUUUGUCUUGAAUUAGUUUAUAAUUUAUGUUUAAAGGGAGAUAGUGUUUUAAUAUUUUUAUCAGGAAUGCAAGAUAUAACAGAUAUGUAUCAUCAGCUAAGUAUAUUAAUAAAUAAUUCUCAUAAUUAUAGUAUAAAGUUUAAUAUUUACAUGCUACAUAGUUGUUUAUAUGAUAAUACUAUUCAUAAAUUAAAAGGAAACGAUACAGAUAUAAAUAUAUUCUUAUCAUCAAACAUAGCUGAAAGCUCAAUUACUAUACCUAAUGUAAGACUAGUUGUCGAUUUUUGUAUACAGAAAAAUAUUGAAUAUAGUGCAAAAAAAAAGGCACAUAUUUUAGUAAAAAAAUGGAUAAAUAAAUCAUCAAUGGAACAACGAAAAGGAAGAUGUGGAAGAACAUGUCAUGGUAUUUGUAUAAGAAUGAUAAGUAAGCAUUUUUUAAGUUUACUAAGAGAUCAUAAGAUAUCCGAAAUAUACACACAUAGCUUACAUUUGUUAUACUUAUAUAUUUUAAAAAGUAUGUGUGUUUUAAAUAAUUUAAUAAAUAAAAAUAAUUCUGCUAGUGAUAAUAUUAACAGUAAUAAUAAAUGUAAUUACAAAAAAUUAACUAUAUACGAUGUAUUAAGUAUGAUUAUUGAAAAACCAUCAAACAAAAAAAUAAAAAGUACUAAGUACGAAUUAGAGAAAGUUAAAGCUAUAAUUAAAAUAAGAAAUAAAUUAGUUAUAUCUAUUAUUGGACAAAUUAUGAUUCGAUUUAAUUUAACUAUUAAUUUAUGCAGAUUAUUAUUAUAUGGAAUAAUAUUAGAUUUAACAUUUGAUUCAAUUAUUAUAAUUAGUAUAUUAAAUACUAAUGAUAUUUUUCCUACUUUUAAUCUAUAUUCAUCAAAGAAUAUUUACUCCUAUGGUGUUUCAUUAGAAUUAUCAUUAAAACAAAAGAAUUAUUUUGACGGAAAUACAUAUUCUGAACCAAUUAUGUUAAGAAAUGUUUUUUUAGAAUGGUUAUGUGUCUUUUUAUUAUAUAUUCAGUCAUUAAAAAAUGAAAAUAAAUUUAAUAAAAAAGAUUUAAAAAGCUAUUACAUUAAUACAUGUACGAUUAUGAAUAAAAAAAAUUACAUUAAUGCAAAAAAGCUAUUGUGUGUUAUAAAUGGAGUUGAAAACUUAUGUAGAAAAGUAUUAAAAAUAUUAAACAAAAAUAGUAAUGCUUACAGAUCGUCCAUCUAUUUAUUAGAUCUUUUAAGAGGUAAUAUUUAUGAGCAUGUAAAUGCUCAAAAUGUUUUUAACAUAAUUACCAAAUAUGCUUAUUAUGAUUAUUCCAAUCAAAAUCUUUACUUAAAAUUUUUGUUUUCUUUAUCAUUUACUCCUUUGUUUAUACAUGGAACUCCAAAUCUACCACUAAAAGACUUAAAUGAUGGGAAAAAAAAAAGUAAAAAAUUAUUAAAUGUAUUAAAUUUUUUGGAAGAAAAGAAAUUAAAUAUAAAAAAUUGUAUUUAUUUUAGUGGUGUAUAUAUAUUUGAUAUCAAUAUUUUAAAAAAAGGUCUAUAUAUUAUGUGUCCAUUUUUAUCUUUUGAUGUUUAUCAUAAUAGAAACAUUUAUUUCAUUCAUUUCAAUAAUAAGGGAAUCAAUAAUUAUUUGAAUACUUAUCAAAAUAAAAAGGCUAAUAGUUCUAUUUUUAAUAUAAAAAAAGAUAGCAAUAAUACUACUGUUCAUAAUAACGAUACCUGCGACAAUGUUGAAAAUUACAAUUGUGAUACCGAUAUGAUGAUUGAAAACUAUUUGAAUCCCAAUAAUAAUAUAGAUAAUUAUAAUCAAGCUAAGAGAUCUUUAAACAGCAAUAGCCUUAUUAACUAUUUUUCUAGUCCUUUAUCAAGAAUAGUCAAUAUAAAAAAUUAUCAAGAAAUAAUUGAAAAAAUAAAAAAUGAAUUAAUUUGUAUGUAUAAUAAUAAUGUAGAAAAAAAUAUUUUUACUAAUUUCUAUAACAACGUUCUUAAUUUAAUUCAGCCAGUCAAUGCUAUUUUCCCUGUUUAUAUAAAUCAAAACGAUGAAAUUAAUAAUUUAUCAUUAUGUACGAAUGUCAUUAACAUGUUUUCUAAUGGUAAAUGGACUUUUUCUCUUCCUUUAUAUAACAAUAAUAAAAAUUCAAAUGAUAUUAGUGAUUACUUUAAUCAUAGUUACGAAAUAAAGAAACCUAAACACUUGUUUUUAGUUAAAUGGAUGCUACUUAAUACAGAUAAUUAUAAAAUAAAAAAAGAUAAAAAAAAAAAUAGUAAUAAUGGUAAUAAUGAAGAAAGCAAAAAUAUUAACUGUGAAAAAUAUAAUGAAUUAAAUCAAAAUUAUAACUCAUCUUUAUAUAAAGAGAAUUCUGAAAAAAAUAAUAAUCAUCUUGAUAAUGAUAUGAUAAAUAAUAACAGUGGUAAUAAUUAUAUGAAAAAUUCCAUAAACAAAACUAAUCAAAGAUAUUUUAUGAAAGAUGAAAAAAUUAAUAAUGAAAACUAUCUCGAGUUUAAAAAUAAGCAAGUAAAUGAUGAUAAACAUAAUAAUUGUAAUAUGUACAUGAAUAAAUAUCAAAAUAAAGAUAAAAAAACAAAACUGAAAAAAGAAAAUAGAAAGUUAAGAGAAAAUGAAGAAUAUAAUAGUUAUUGUGAAGUAAAAAGUGGACAGUGUGAAGAAGAAUGUAAUAAAGACGACUAUUAUGAUAAUAGUAAUGAUUAUGAGAAUAAUAAAAAUGAAUUAACAUAUGAUUCAAGUUCAGUAUGUAGUGAACAUAAUAAAAAAAUGAAACAAAAAAAAAUGAAAUGUAAUUUAAAUUUCAGAUCAGUUUUAGGCUUUUUAUCAUUAUGCCCAUUUACUUAUGAUACACAAAAAAAUAUUUAUGAAAAUCAAACUUCUGAUAUUUAUGCAGUUUGCUCAAGUAUUGAUUAUAGCUGCACUAAUAAUGCAUAUACUUGGGUUAAUUAUGCUACAGUUAUUCCAAAUAAGUAUUUUUUAAGUUUUUUCUUAUGCUCUAUGCCCUAUCAUGAUAAUGUUAUUUUUCAAACAAGAACAAAUCUAUUUAACACUGAUAUCUUAUCUGUGAACAUAUUCGAUUCAAAAGAAAUAUUAUUUAAAAAUAUCAAAAAGAAUAAAACUAAAAAUAAAUUAAAUGAUUCUUAUUCAUGCAUAAAUAAUACAAUUAUAAACAAACAUGAUUUACUAAGAAUAAAUUAUGUUAGACAUGUUCUAUCUAAAAUUUUAUUAUCAUUUACUUUACAAUAUAAUAAUUUUGAAGAUAAAGAAAAUAAUAAUCUUAUUAAACCAAAUAGCAAUAAUGAUAUUACUAUGAAAAACAUAGAUAGUCAUAAUUUAUAUAAUUUAAUAUCACAUUCUUCAAAAAAUGAAAAAAAUGAAUUAUAUCAAAUAGAAGAACCUAAUUUAAAUCAAAAGAAAAUUAAAAAUAAUGAUAUCGAGUCAGAAGAGGUGGAAGAGGGUUAUUUCAGUGAAAAUGAUAUAAUAAGUGAUAUUGAGGAAAAUAAUGUAUUAAAAGAAAAUCUAUAUUUAAAAAAAAUUGUUCAAAAUAUGAUAGAUGAAAAUAAUACUGAAAAAAUAAAUUAUGAUAACUAUAAUAUAGAGAAUUCAGAUGAUCAUUUUGAUUUAAGCUACUUAUAUGAAGAUGAAAAUUUGCAAAAUUUAAAUGAACAGUGGAAUGAUUGUAAAGGUGAAGAUCUGAUUAAUAAUUAUGAUUAUUUAUAUAAUUUUUUAAGAAGUGAACAAAACUCUUAUAUAUCCAAAAAUAUUAAAGAAAAGACAUUAAAUUCUAUUUCAACAGUAAAAAGUUGUUAUUUAAAUAAUAGUUUUUCUGUACAUAUUUUAAAUUCGAUUAAUGCUUAUAUCAAUUCAAAUUCAGAAGAAUUUAUAUUUUUUCAGCCAAUUAAUUUUUCAUCAAUACAAAAAAUUAAUUUUCAGUUAAGAUCUAUCUAUUAUAAUGAAUAUUCAAAUACUAAAAAAUUUUAA